CUGGCAGGUGUAUUAAACGUAGAAGAAGAAGCUACUUCCUAGUGAUGCUGUAUGUACUGUUUUGAUCGGAAAACAGCUUCAAGACGCGUGUUUUUUUAAUUUCUGAAAUGGUGUCAUUUAACUUUUUGCGAACAGUGGGCUCCUACGGUAAAUUGGCGAACACAAGAUGGAUCAUGACAAGUCGUUUUCCCGGUUUCAAAGCUGUUACAUGUUCCGCCCUCUGUAUGGCUAUGAGCUCAGCCACGAAGGACACAUGGCUCAACAAGACGAAGUUUUCACUCUCUGGAAUGGAAACAGAGCGGAUUUGCUUCUUCAAUAAAGUCACAUCAUUUAGAAGUUACUGCACGGAGACAUUUAAACUGAACUGCUGGAGAUGUAAACGACCUCUUGACAAAUCUCCUGUAUUCUUCUGCUCGUCAUGUAAUGUAGUCCAACCGCCUGAUGAAGCCGCAUCCUUUUUCAAGAUCAUGGCCUGUGACUUCACAUUUGCACUGGACAUUAAAACACUGCAGAAAAGAUACUUGCAGCUCCAACGCUCCCUGCAUCCAGACAACUUCAGCCAGAAAUCUGUGGAAGAACAGGAGUAUUCAGAACAUCAGUCAGCCCUUGUCAACAAAGCCUACAAGACACUGCUGAAGCCUUUGAGUCGUGGCCUUUAUAUGCUGGAACUGAAGGGGAUGCGUAUCGACGAGGGCACAGAUUCCGGGGCGGAUGCUGACUUUCUGAUGGAGCUGAUGGAGAUCAAUGAAGCACUGGAAGAGGCGCGGACUCCAGAAGAAGCCGAUAAGAUCAGUCGAGACACAAAAGGGAAACUCGCGGGUUUGACAGACAAGAUAGACGCCGCCCUCCGUGCAGGAGAGCUCCAAGCUGCCAAAUCACUGCUUGCCCAAAUGAAAUACUUCUCAAACAUCGAGGAGAAAGUUAAGGAAAAACUUUCUGACUUUAUGUAAUUUCUCUCCCCUUUGUGUGGCACAAUACUUUCAGCCACUUCACUGAAGCACCGCGAUGGAACUGAACUGAAGCUUUAAUUAAAUACAGUAUACUAUAUGUCACAACCUGCUGUGUACCUUAUGUGUGAUGAAAUAACACAGAUCUGUAAUUACAUCUUAUUGAAAUGAUAUUUGGAGUCUUUAUUAUCGACAAUAUUUAAUGUCAGUUCCUCAGGUUUCCUUUAGGUGGAGACAUUACACCUGUGCAGCCACAGUGCUCAGCAUUGUACAUUCUGUACAGACUUGAUAUGAGGCCAGUAGGAAGUCCUUUAUUGCGGCAGACAACCUUUUGAAUAAUUCAUGCAAGCUUCGUAUGUGGCAUUAACGCUAUGAUAAUCAGGAAGACCUGCUGAAUGACGAUUACUGGAUGAGCCACAGAUCUGUGUGAUUUCCACCGUGUGAAAUGUGCAUCAUAAUGAAAAUUGAUAUGCUUUUGCAGAAGAAUGUUCAUAACCUGUAAUUACUGUGCAAAUUGGAGUUCAAAUUGCACCAGAGUGGCUAAUACAAGGGCUGUCGCCUAAUCCGAUAAAGAACUAGAAACAUAAUAUCAUGUGAUGUGGUAUUUGCCACACACCGUCCUGUGCAGCACAUUUUACACGCAUUUUUAGUCUGAAUCAUGUUAGGAUGCAGCCCAGGUUGCUCUAACAUUCAGCUGUAACACAUCCUGACUGGAUAAUUAAGUUUGCAACAACAUUGUCAUGUGUGUCUGAAGCUGUUUGGGCUUUCUCAUUGUUGGACAGCAAGAUCCCUUUACACACAUGGCAGGACAAUGAAUUUAAUAGGGACUCUCCCCACCCACCGGGAGCCAUUUAUUAUUCAUGUGGUAAUCAGAAGUCAUCCCCGGCGUCUUUAAAUUAAUGAGAAAAUGUGAUUGACCAACACUGAGGUCGCUGCCAUCUCCCAGAACUGUUUGAAAAUUGAGUUUGAAAGACACGUAAGUGAAGAACUCACUCUAUAGUCAGCCUGGGAAAUUGACUUGGAUGAAGGGCUUGGCAAAGUGACUUACACAUGCAUGUGAUUACUAUGUAACUUUGUGGCUCUGCAUCAAAAUGUGGCUUAUUUAUAUUACACUAUAGUACACAGGUCUGUUUGAGGAUUCAUCCAUCCAUCUUCUUCCACUUAUCUGAGGUCGGGUCUCAAGAGCAGCAGCCUAACCCUCUCUGUCCAGCUCCUCCCGGCGGAUCCUGAGGCGAUGCCCAUCCAGUUGAGAGACAUAGUCUCUCCAGUGUAUCCGGGGUCUUCCCCGAGGCCUCCGACCGGUCGAACAUGCCCUGAACACCUCCCCAGGGAGGCGCCCGGGAGGCAUCCUGACCAGAUGCCCGAGCCACCUCAUCUGGCUCCGCUCAAUGUGGAGGAGCGGUUCUACUCCGAGUUUCUUCCAGAUGGCAGUGCUUCUCACAUUAUCUCUAAAGGACAGAUGUUUGAGGAUUAUUAGUAUUUAUUCUUUUUAAACAUAAAAAAUAAAAAUAUUUGGACAUAUGUUCUGUUUGUCACAUCCAUUGGGAUUAUUAUUAUUAUUCCCAUCAAGAAAAGCCUUCAUUGCUUUUUCUAUACUCUUCUUUAUACCAAAUUCUUCAAGAAGUGCCACGGUUAAAAGAAAAACAGUAAAAUUCUGAAGAAAUAAGUCAUAGUUAUGACAAUAAUGUGGUCAUAUUGCCAGAAAAGGAGUAAUUUUUACAAGGAAAAUGUUGCAAUUUCCAAAGUGAAAAUUCCCACACAAAGAGAAACACUUCAGUUGUUUUCCACAAUCACAAUGAAGGUCAUGCAGACCUAUGUUUGCCUGUAUGAUUUUAAUAUUACAACUUUAGUUAUGUAAAAUGAGUUUAGUGUCUUUUUUUUGGGGCAGAUGGACUUUUUUGGACUUUUUUCACAUUAAAUGUUAUUUUAAUAAAAUCUGCUUCUCUGUUGUUGAA